AUGUCAUCCAAUAUACCUGAGGAGCUCAAAAAGCAAGGUAAAUAAGGAUCUCCCCUCAUUUGUCCAAUUUUCUAGUCUUUUAUCAUUUGUCCAUUUUUCUAGUUUUUUUAUAGAAAAAAACAUUUUUUUAGAACCUCAUUUGUCCAAUUUUCUAGUCAAAAUUUUGAUAGAAAAAAAAAUUUUUCAGGUCCUCAACUGUCUCAUUUUCUAGUUUUUUAAAGUAAAAAACUAAAAUUUAGGACAUUCGAAAAAAUCCAAAAAGACUAGAAAAUGGGACAAAUCAUUUUUGAUUAGAUUUUGGGACAAAUGAGGUCCUGAAAUUAUUUUUUUUUAGAAAAAAAGACUAGAAAAUUGGACAAAUGAGGGGAGGAUCCUUACGAAAGAGUGAUGGUACAUUUACGAGUUCGCCCCUUUAAUGAUGACGAUAUAAAUAGAUCUGGCAGGGACUCAUCAAUUGAUUUUAUUGAUCCUUCAAAAGGAAUUGUUGUAAUAAAAAAGGAUUUUGACAAAAAGACAUUUAAUUUUGACUCUGCCUUUGAUUAUGGUACUUCACAGUCCGAAGUUUACGAUAAAGCAGCAAAGCCAGUAGUUGAUAGCGUUCUUCAAGGAUAUAAUGGAACAAUAUUUGCAUAUGGACAAACAGGAACAGGAAAAACAUUUACAAUGAUGGGCGGUCAAGGAGAUUCUAGAGGGGUAACUCCUCGCGCAAUACAGCAGAUUUUUCAGCAUAUUCAAGAAGAUUCCAAUCACGCUUAUACAGUCCAAGUAGGAUUUCUUCAACUAUACAUGGAAAUGCUUCAGGAUUUAUUAUUUCCCAGCAAUGACAAACAAAUUCGUAUCCGAGAAGACCCUGAUGAAGGGGUUUAUUUAUCUGGAAUUUCAUGAGUAAAUGUAGGCUCAACAAGGGAAUGUAUGGAGCUCAUGUAUAUUGGCGAUAAAAAUAGAAACACAGCAUUUACCAGCAUGAAUUCGACGUCUAGCCGGUCUCAUGCUGUUUAUAUGGUAAAAGUUGAAAAAAGAGUAAGAUUGACAGAAGAACAGAUAGAAGAAUUAGAAAAACAAGGAGAAAGCGGCGAUAAUAGCAUGACGAAAAGUACAUUGUUUUUGGUAGAUUUAGCAGGAAGUGAAAGAGUGAAAAAAUCGAAAGCUGUAGGAAGCAGGCUUGAUGAAGCGAAAAAUAUUAAUUUGGCACUUUUAGCACUUGGGAAUUGUAUUCAAGCUUUGGCUGAUAAGAAAGCAAAAUAUGUGCCGUUUAGGGAUUCAAAAUUAACAAGGCUACUUGAAGAUUCACUUGGAGGGAAUUCUAAGACUUCAUUGAUUUUAACAAUUGGACCUUCUAUUUCGCAUUUGCAGGAAAGUCUUUCUUCAUUAGCGUUUGGAACGAGAGCUAUGAAAGUAGAAAACAGGCCUGAAAUCAAUAAGAAAGUUGAUUAUAAAGCACUAUGCGCUCAACUUCAAGCAGAGCUAGAUCGAAUAAAUGAUGGCAACAAUUCAUGGUAUUUAGAAAAACAACAGUUGCUCAAUGAAAUUUCUGGGCUAAGAGAAAAACUUGAAAAAACUACCACAGAAAAAGAAAACUUGGAAAUUUUAAUUGAAGAGAUUAAAAAAAACUCAGGUGCCAGUCCUGCAGCUUUAAUCGAGCUUGAAGAAAGCAAAAAAGCUGAAAUUCAAAAAAUCCAUGCUUAUUAUCAAGCUAGAAUAAACAAAAAAGAUGAAGAUCAAAGAAGAGAUAUGGAAGAAAUAGAGAAGCUUAUGCUUGAGCAAGAACAAGACAUAAAUCAAUCUAAAUCGCAGAUGAUGGAAAUUCAAGAAAAAAAUAAAGAACUAAAGAAAGACUUAAAGAGGUGUCAAGCUGAGCUGGAGCAGGAAAGAAAUGACAGGCUUAUAAGGACAAGCCAACUAUCAACUGAAUUAGAUGAAAUAAAAAAUAAACUAAGCACUGAAAAAGAAAGGGUCGCUCAAAUCCAGUCAAAUUUUUUAAAUUUACAAGAACAAGUAAAAGCAAAAGACAGAGAUUUGCAGGAAACAAGAGAUGAACUGAUUUUUUCAAAAGCCCAGCAUCAAGAAGAAAUUGAAACUUUUGAGAAAGAACUGGAAAGGGCUAAGAGAAAUCAGGAUAAAAUUAAAACGCAAACGGAGAAAAAGGUUGAGGAAUGAAAAUCAGCAGCUGAAAAAGAAAGAUUACUAUUAAAAGCACAAGUUUCUGAGAAAGAAAAAGAGUUUGAAAAAACAGUUAACGAGUUUAAAGAGCAAUUAAGAAUGGUAAAAGAGGAAGCUGAAAAAUAUAAAAAUGAUAAAGAAAGCCUAUUAAAAGAGAAAAAUGAUUUGCAAAAUAAAGUUCAGUCACUUUCAACAAAAACAGUAGAAUUUGAAGAAAAAAUCCACGAAGUGCAGAUUUUAGAAGAAAGCAAAGAAUAUGUGCAAAAUGAGCUAAAGGAUACACAAAGAAGGCUGCAAGAACUCAUUUCUGACAAUUUAGACUUAAAAAGUCAAGUUGAAGAAGCAUGAAAAGAGCAUGAUACAAUUGAAGUAGAAUUAAAAGAAAAAGCGAUUAUUUUAGAAAAUGCUGAAAAAGAAAAAAUGCUGGCUCAGCUUCAAUGCGAAAAUUUAAUAAAAGAGUUAAAAUCUGCUCAGGAAUAUAUAGAACUUUCUCUUCAAUAGCGCGAUAAGGCGCAUUCCUAGGUUUUACCGAAUGGUCUUGGACAUAUGAAAACCUGCUAUUCCUUAUUCAUGGGGGAGACAAACAGCCUAAAUAAAGAAUUGUGCCUGGUUAAUCUCGAGAACUUGAAGAGAGGCUGUGUGGAAAAUUUAUAUUUUGGUUUCGUCAAAUGGAUCUGACGAGCCAAUUCUGGCCAGUACUUGAAAUAAAAAAUGAUAGUUGCAGAAUUUUAUUAAUUUUCUGAUGAAGAGUAUGAUUAGAAUUUUAAUAAUUCCUUUUGACAAUAAAAUUCAAAAUUCAAACUUUUAAUAGAAGAUUUGAAGCGAUAAUUAAAUCGUUAAAAUAACGUAAUGAAUACUCUUUACUGCCUUAGGGAGAAGAUGCCAUUAAUGAUUUUUAAAUUUUGACUUUUUUCAUAGUGACUUAACCAUCUUAAUAAUUUUUUAAUUUUUUAAAAAUCCAAACUUUUAAUAGAAGAUUUAAAGAGAUAAUUAAAGCAUUAAGUAAAUGUAAUGAGUACUCUUUACUGCCUUAGGGAGACGAUGCCAGUAAUGAUUUUUAAAUUUUGAUUUUUUUUCAUAGUGACUUAACCAUCUUAAUAAUUUUUUAAAUUUUUUAAAAAAUCCAAACUUUUAAUAGAAGAUUAAAGAGAUAAUUUAAGCAUAAAGUAAACGUAAUGAGUACUCUUUACUGCCUUAGGGAGACGAUGCCAGUAAUGAUUUUAAAAUUUUGACUUUUGUCAUAGUGACUUAACCAUCUUAAUAAUUUUUUAAUUUUUUAUAAUUUUUCAAACUUUUAAUAGAAGAUUAAAGAGAUAAUUAAAGCAUAAAGUAAACGUAAUGAGUACUCUUUACUGCCUUAGGGAGACGAUGCCAGUAAUGAUUUUUAUAAUUUGAAUUUUUCAUAGUGACUUAAUUAAUUACUUGAUCCUGUGCCAUUUAUUAAAAUUCUGAUCAUACUCUUCAUCAGAAAAUUAAUAAAAUUCUGCAACUAUCAUUUUUUAUUUCAAGUGCUGGCCAGAAUUGGCUCGUCAGAUCCAUUUGACGAACCAAAAUAUAAAUUUUCCACACAGCCUCUCUUCAAGUUCCCGAGAUUAAUCAGGCACAAUUCUUUAUUUAGGCUGUUUGUCUCCCCCAUGAAUAAGGAAUAGCAGGUUUUUUCAUAUGUCCAAGACCCUCCGGUAAACCCUAGGAAUGCGCCUUAUCGCGCUAUUGAAAAGAAAGUUCUAUAACACACAGCUAGUCAUAGACAAGGACACUUUUCUAAGACAGCUUGAAGAGACAGGAGAAAGCAAUAAAAAACUAGCCAACAAAAAGAGUGUUUUAGCAGAAAAAAUAAAAGAAGAGCGUGAUAAGCUUGAAAAGAAAGAAGGCGAGCUAAGCCAAUUAAAUGACAUUUAUACUCACUUAAAGGUAGAAUAUGAAAGCUUAUUAAGGGAAAAUAAAAAUUUAAAUACUCAAAAGUCAGCUGUUGAGCAAAGAGCUAGCAAGCUAAAUGAAGACUUAAAAGAAAAAGAAAACGCUAUUUCAAACUAUAGACAAGAAGUCAGAAAUAGAAGCAAACAAUUCCAAAACUUAAAAAAUGAAUUUGCUAAUGGAUUUAGGACGGUUGAAAAAAUGUUUGACAAAUUCCAAAACGAAAUUACUGAAAGAGUUAAUAAAAAAAUUGAGCAAAUUCAGAAAUUUAAAAAUGAUUUAUUGGGUAUACAAUAUACCUGUCAAAAGAAGGCAAAAAUUGAAAUUACGAAAAUCAAAUGUGAAUUUGAAGAAGCAAUGAAAAAGUCUGAUGAAGAGAAAAAAAUGUUGGAAAAAGCUGCUGAAGAAAAGUAUGUAAAGGACACAAAAGACCUUCAAGCUCAUUAUGAGUUAAAAAUUAAAAAAGAUAAAAAAGCAUUUGAUAAGCAAUUAGAAGAAUUGUCUCAAUCUUUAAAAUCUCAGCUCGAGGCAAAGGAGAAAGAAUAUCACACUGAAAUACAGAAGCAUGAAUUUAUUCUGAAGAAUAAAGAUGACCAAAUUUCCAAACAAAACAGCCAGCUCAAUGAACUUUCUUCAAAAUUUUUAGCAGAAAAAGAAAAAAUUAUAAAAGAAUUAACAGCUAAACUUGAGAAUGAAAAGAAACAAAUCAAAGAAAAAUAUAUGAGUGAAAUCACGCAGAUUAAUUCCAAAUUUGAUAAAGACAAAAGAGAAAGCGAAGCUCAGCACCAAAGAAAUCUUGAAUUAAUUGUAGACGCAAAACAAAAAGAAAUAGACUCUCUUACUCAAUCAAGCAUCCAAGCUACUAAAGACUAUGAAGCAACAAUAAAAAAACAAAAAGAAGAAAUCGCAUCAUUAACUGUACAAAUGGAAUCAAUUAUCAGAGAAAAAGACAUAGAAAUGAGCGAGGACUUCAAUAUAGACAAAGAAUCACCGUCUCCUCAGCUUCCAAGUGAAAGAUAUAAUGAUCCAUCAACUUCUUUAGAAGUUCAGCUCUACACAAGAAGAAAAAGCAGCACAGUAACAGCUGACACCAAGCAGAUAAAUGAUUUAUUGUUAGAAAAUUCUUUACUUAAAAAGGAUCUAAAAGAAGCUACUGAGCUUGUUAUUGCUACAAAGGCAGCUUUAAGAAAGGUUGAAAUGAACUUUUUUAGUACAAAAGAAGAAACGAAAACUGUAGGAAGAUCUCGGUCAAAAACAAAUUUGACAAAAAAUGCUGAAGACUCACAGCAAGCUAAUAAGCAAGAUGAAUACCAAUGUAUUGCUUCAUAUGUGAUAGAAAAUAUGCAGCUAGCUUUAGAACUAGAAGAAGCAAGGUCAGGAAACUCCAGAAAUCCUACAAAAGAAGAAUGGCAGCUUAUACCAUGGCUAAAAUAUUUUUUAAAAAAUCAUAAGCAGCCUCCAGGAGGUAGCUUCUUUGAUUUUCUAUCAUCAUUAGUGACAAUUUACUGUAAAAUUGUUGACCGAAUGCAGCUAGACCGCCAAGACAACAUCCAGAUUUUCCAUUUGUCGAAGGUCGUACAUGAUAAAUUCCUCCAACAAGUGCGACUUCAAGCUUCAAAAAAUCCUCGAGUUUUUAAGCCAUUUGAAAAGACUGUUUUAGAAAUAGAAAAGGAGUUUGGGAUUGAAAGAAAUAAAUUGCCUAAGUCGAUCCAAACUGGAAACUCGAAAACUAUGAUACAGAUGCAGCAAGAGGCACUAAUGAAAAAAGCAAAAGAUGCUGAAAAAGAAGAGAGCUUAACGGUCAAUAAAACAAUGGAGCAUAUGCUUAUGAUUUUAGAAAUGCAGGAGUCUAUUGAAGGGUCUCUGCAAGAAAUGAAAUGCAAAUCAGUAAGUCCUGCAAAGCUUAGCCCAAAUAAAAAUGUGAAUAAAAGCUCAGAAUUCCCAUUCCAAAAAUUAAACGAAAAAAUAAGUAUUCAGCAAUUGCCGAUUGGAAAAAUCGUGAAAGAAGCUUUAAUUCGCAGAAGUCAAGAAACUGAAGCAUUUCUUCACUUAUCUCAACUUAAACAAUUCGAGGUUACUGGAAUUGGGCAAGUUUUAUCGACAAAUGCUGCAUUUCCUACUUCUCCAAGCAAGAACCCAUCAAAUUUAAAAGACCUUACACUUCACUUAACAAGCCUCCUUACCAUAGUAUCAGCGCUUUAUUCAAGUAUUUUGUUUAAAAAGUAAUCCUUAUUUAGCAUUCAGCUUGAAUGGAUAUCUGAAGACAGAGGAGACUUAAUAGAAACUUUGGUUUCUGUAAUAGCAAGAAAAGAAAUAGAAAUUGAUGAGUGCAAAUAUGCUAAAAAAGGAGUUGAAAGAGAACUUAAAAAUUUAAAUAUUCAUUUUCAACAAUAUAGAGAAAAGCAUGAAGAUUUUGUUAGGCUGUUCGAUUCAAAGGAUGCAGCUGCAAGAAUUAUACAAAGGUUUUGGAGAAUUAAAAAGAAAAGAGAAAUGAAGAAGAAAGCGUUUAUUGCUGAAUAUGUAAGGGUAAUAUAGAAAUACCAAAGAGUAGAAGAACAAAGUAAAAGCUUAAGCCAAAUGCUUAGUCAAGUCAAUUCUCAAACUGGGCUGUUUUUAAUAAGAUUAGAUUAAAUGAUUGCACAAUCAUAAGUGUGAUAAUAAUAGUGCAACAAUUUUUGUGACCUACGCAGAGUUCAUAUACGCUUGAGUGCUAAUAAACGCAAUCCACUAAUAUUCACCUUCUUGAAUUUUCUGGCGAAACACACUCAGAACAAAGAUCUACUCCCUGGGUUAGAGUCACGCUAUGACAUUUGCCCGAUAGUCCCCAUAGACGAAAGCUAUAUAAUAGUCAAACCAUCUAGCCCUGGCAGAGACAAAAAACCUCCGGAGAAGCAUCCUCAAGCCCCAUUGUCAACUCCAAUAACGUAGACACUCACCUUUUUGCACAUAAGGAUAGCUCCUACCUUCUCAACAGGAGUGUGCUUCGUAGCCAUUUUCAAUAUCACAUUUUAUUCCUAUUUUUAAUAAGGAAUCACUAUAAAGAAGUACUGUCUAUUUUUUCAGGAGUUAGCAAAAGAUUUAUAAAACCACAAUGCGAUUUAAACAAAUUUUAA